GCGCAGCCAUGUUGCUGUACGGAUGGACAGGGCAUUUCCGGGGCCUUCUCAGACUCUCCAUAGGUAUCUCAUAGAUCCGCGCCGCGGUAGGCGUGGCAGAGGGGGAAUCGUCUCGCGGCGCGCGGUGCACGGCUCACAAGGAUGAAGCGCAGUUCUGUUUCCACUGGUGCUGCUGGCCGCCAGUCCAUGCAGGCUUUGAGAUCACAGGACUUCAAUAAACAAGGUCUUUAUACUCCACAAACCAAAGAAAGACCAACCUUUGGGAAGCUCAAUACAAGUAGACUUACACCUGGCACAUCCACAUCUGAAAGGAAAAUCAGCCUCUUUGGUAAAAGAACUAGUGGGCCUGGAUCCAGGAACAGUCUGCUUGGUGUAUUUGGUGGCACUGAAAAAAUCAAAGACCCUAGACCACUUAAUGACAAAGCAUUCAUUCAGCAGUGUAUACGACAACUCUGUGAGUUUCUUACAGAAAAUGGCUAUGCCUUCAGUGUAUCCAUGAAAUCUCUACAAAGUCCAUCUGUUAAAGACUUCCUGAAGAUCUUCACUUUUAUUUUUGACUUCUUGUCGCCUUCUUAUGAGCUUCCUGAUAGUAAGUUUGAAGAGGAGGUUCCAAGAAUCUUGAAAGAUCUCGGGUAUCAAUUUACUUUACCAAAAAGCUCCAUGUAUACAGUGGGAGCACCUCAUACAUGGCCUCAUAUUGUGGCAGGUUUGAACUGGCUUAUAGACUGUGUUAAGCUCAUUUUUGCCAGCAAACAAAGUUCACCUUCAUUUGACGAUGGACAGCCCUGGGGAGGAGAGAGUGAAGAUGGAAUAAUGCAUAAUAAGUUGUUUUUGGAUUAUACUGUAAAAUGCUAUGAAAAUUUCAUGACCGGUGCUGAUUCUUUUGAAGAUUUAGAUACAGAGUUACAGUCAAAGCUAAAGGACUUAUUUAAUGUAGAUGAUUCCAAGCUAGAAUCUUUGGCUUCAGAAAACAAAAGGCUAACUGAAGAAAUUGCGAGGCUGGAACGAGAGAGAGAAAAUGAGCCGAAUCGUCUGAUUUCGCUAAGAAAAGCAAAAGCAUCUUUAAAAGCAGAUGUUCAGAAGUACCAGGCAUAUAUGAACAAUUUGGAGUCGCAUUCUGUCAUUCUUGACCAGAAAUUAUGUGGAGUCAAUGAAAAAGCUCCUGUCACAGAACUGGAAAUAGAAGCAGUAAAGCAAGAGAAUGCCCGGCUACAAAAUAUUAUUGAUAUCCAAAAGUAUUCAAUUGCCGACAUCGAGAGAAUACAUCAUGAAAGAAAUGAAUUCCAGCAAACCAUCAGAAAAUUAACCACAGAACUAGAGAUGGAACAAAAGCAGUUAUGGGACGAAGAACUAAAAUAUGCUAGAAGCAAAGAAGCGAUUGAAGCACAACUGGCAGAGUAUCACAAACUUGCUCGAAAAUUAAAACUUAUUCCAAAAAGUGCAGAGAAUUCCAAAGGUUAUGACUUUGAAAUUAAGUUUAAUCCUGAGGCUGGUACAAACUAUUCUGUCAAAUACAGAACUCAAAUCUAUAUACCACUUAAGGAGCUCUUGAACCAAUAUGAAGAAGGAAUCAGCAAAGUUCUACAUAAAAAAAUGGGUUCAGAAGAGACCCUAGAACAAGUGAACACCAUGGUGGCAGAAGUGAAGAGGAGUACAAAAAUGUUAAAUGAUGAAGUCCAAAAACUGAAGGAUCUUAAACAACAAAAAAUUAAGGAAGCUGAAGAGAAAGACAAAAAAUCUACCACUGAGGUGGAGUCCCUGGAUAAACAUAAACAUUUACUUGAAAGUGGAGUUAAUGAGGGCCUCAGCGAAGCCAUGAGUGAAUUGGAUGACUUUCAACAGCAAUUCCAGCUGGUGUUACAAACAACAACUGAAGAAAGACGAAAAGUGAGCAAUAACUUACAACAUCUCUUAGAAAUGGUUGCAAAUCAUGUUGGAUCUGUCGAAAAGCACCUUGAGGAUCAGAUUGUUAGAGUAGACAGAGAAUGUGAAGAAUUCAUUGCUGAAGAUUUCUUGGAAAAUAUUAAAGAAAUUGUAGACAAGUACAAAAAAAAAGCUUCUGUUAUCUCUUCCAGUGAAUGAAGGAGAAAUGCUAAUUAUUGUAUUGUAGAUGAAGACUUCACUUCUUAAGAUGUCGAUGUCAGGUCUUUUUUUUUUUCUAAUGGAAAAAAAAAUAUUCCUGGCUACUUAAAUAUUUGUUUAAGUGUCUCCUGCCAAUUGUCAGUAUACAUCAAGGGUGGGAAGUUGAUUAGAAUUGUUCAACCUAUAUCUUCCAAUCAUUCUUGAAUUUAUUUUCUAAGUAUUAACCUGCCAGUAUAUGAUAUUUAUUCAACUCCCCUUAUUCUUGAUGGAUCUUCAUGACUGUUGAAAGACAAACCAUGUAUUUGUAUUUAUAAUUAAAAAAUUGUUUAAAUCAAAAGCCAUACCCUCUGAUGGCCUUCAGAAAUUCAGUGGGAGGAAGAAAAGCCAGAGUUUUUCUUUCUUCACCUAUGAUACUAUAUCCAAUUUAGAAUUUUUGCAUUAUUAUCCACAAAUAUACCCACUGUGUACAUAGUAUUAGGCACUACAAAUACCAAUGGAGCUUAAACCAUUAAAAGCCAUAAUUCUAAGGAACUUAAAACCUUUAGUGGAAGACUUAUGAUUCCAAGAACUAACUUCUCUUCCUCCAAAUGAGCAUGAUUCAUAUGCUAAAACAUGUAUGGAUCUAAUUUAUAAAUUAGACAGUAAUGCAAUUUUGCUUAAGUAUUUGUUUCUCUCAUCAACUGUGAACCUGAAUUCUCCUGUGGCCUCUUUGAACUCAUGAUGGCAAUACUCUCUAAGGACAUUUAUCCUUUGUGUCUAGGUUAAGAGCUCAAUAAUUGCCAGUUACAUUAAGAGCUCUAUCUCAUUGUACUGAGUACAUAACCCUAAUUGGAUCUGUGAUAAUAAUCAAAGCUUGUCAUAUACAUUCCACUGUAACAUUCAAAUACUCAGUUUCGCCAAUGGAGGGAUUCCAUUCAGUCAUUCAUCCAUCACUCCCCUGUUAUCACCAACCCCAUCCCCCCAUCAACCAGGAACCCCUCAUUACCCGAAUUACGAUUCUGGAGGGUCAGGUUAAUCUGUUUCAACAAAUGAAUAAACUGCAAUGUUUUAAAGGAUUGAUGGAGAAUGGUCACAGCUUCCUUGAGCACUAUAAAUACUUGGCUCUACAGGAGCUUUAUGAAAGAUGUUCAGCCAAUCAUCUACAGCUUGUGUAAACUCUGACCUGUAUAGCUUCACCUAAAAACUCGGAGAGACCAUCAACCCAAAUUUGAGAGUACCCACCUUACCAUCCUUAAUGAGGAGCAUCUUUCUAAUGCCAUGUGGAAGAUAUAUUUGUUUUACUAUAUACUCACCUGUAGCUGUGUAUUUGUGUGUAUGUGUG